AUGUCUCUAUCAUCCACAGAAACGAAAGAAUGGCUGGAUCGUGUCCAAAAAUAUUUCGAAGAAGAGUUUGAGAAAGACAUUGCUCCCAAUGUGUGCGUUUUCAAAGUCCCCAAAUCACUCAGCUCUGCCAAGCCUGAGGCUUACACCCCCCAACUCAUCGGCUUAGGACCCUAUCACCACCUCCAGCCUCAGCUCAGGGAGAUGGAGCGAGUCAAGCUCAGCGUCGUGAAGAGGCUCCACCGGAAGUCCGACCGCUGGAGCUUCUCUGAGCUCACAAGCAAGCUCUCUAAGUUGGACCUGUAUGUCCGCGCGUGUUACCACAAGUUCUUGGACAUCGACGCCAAAGCGCUGUCGUGGAUCAUGACCCUCGACGCCCUCUUCUUGUUCUAUCUUCUCUGCCUGCAUGCCAUGGGCAAGAAGAUCGAGCCAUCAUCACCUUUGUGGGGCCUAGCCAACAGCGUGGGCAAGAAGCUCGCCGAGGAUGCCAUACUGAGGGACGUCAUGAUGUUAGAGAACCAAAUCCCGCUGUUCUUCUUGGAGAAUAUGGUGAAGGUCGGGUCCGCGGCGCUAGAAGAUGCCGAGAGGAAGACGAUCGAAGAGAACUUCCCCGGUAUGCUGGUUGGGUUUUGCAAAGCUGUCUCGCCACUCGAAGAGACGAUCAAGGAGCCCGACCCCAAAGGUUUGAAGCACGCGCAUUUGUUGGAUCUUCUUUAUAGUAUGGUCGUGAGGAAAGAGGAUGAAUUCAAGAUUGAUAUACCUGCCGACACCAUCGACGUUGAAGAAGAUCUUUAUCACCCCCGCGAUAUGGUACCGACGUCUAAUGAUAUUGACAGUACUGCUCGGAUGGAGUUCUUAACUAAAAGCGGGUUCAAACUGCCGUCUUUCAAGGACAAAAUUAGACCCCAUGCUUUACUGUUGCAAGACAUUAUGAAAAUCCUUCCUCAGAAAAUUGAACUCUCUACCCUCGAUUCGUUCGGGCGUGGAGAAGCUCCCGCUGUAGAGAAAGGAUUGAUCCCAACAGCAUCCUCUCUCGCCAAAGCCGGCGUAAGAUUUGGCAAAACGAAGUACAUAGAAGAAACAUCAUUCGAUGAGAAAACGCGCACGUUUCGACUUCCUGUGAUCAAGCUCAGCAUCAACUCGGAAGUCGUGAUACGGAACUUGGUGGCAUACGAGGCGAUGGCGAUCUCCGGUCCCUUGGUGCUCGCACGCUUCAUGGAGAUGAUGGACAGCCUGCUCGACACCCCGCAAGACGUGAAGUUGCUCAGGAAGCACGGCAUCAUCACGGGCCAUCUCAAGGACGACGAAGUGGCCCAUCUGUUCAAUGGCAUGAGCCGUUCUAUGGAGGCGCACGGCCAUUGCCAACUUAACAAGACGAUCGAGAAAGUUAACCAGUUCUACAACGCUAGGCCGAGCAUCAAAGCCCUAAAAAUGAUAGAGCAGUACGUGUAUGGCGCUUGGAAGGUCCUGGUAACGGCGGCGACCCUCCUCUUCCUUCUGCUCACGGCGCUACAGACUUUCUGCUCGGCUUACAGUUACUCGAGCCUGGCCGCUAUUGACAAACUUAACCCGAUCUGGCCUUGGUCUCCACGGGUUUCCUCGUGA